UCAGAGAGUUCUCUUCCCAACUUCUCUCUCUGUUUCGUAUUUCCUCCAUUAUUGAAGCUUCAAGCUUUUCCUAGUUCUCACAGACGCAAUCCUUUUCUUGACUAGUCUUCAGCCGACAAAUUAUUAAAAAAAAAGAAAAGAAAAAAGCCAUUCUGGUAGUUAAAAAGGCACUAUCUUUAGUCUUAAUUCUCAUUAAUUCCUCUUCUCCAAAUACGAUCAAAAGACCCAUAAUACCAUUCUGUCCACCCUAUGCCAUGUCGCGGCCACCUCUCUACCUUUUCUACCUCCUUUUUUGCUUCUUCUCCCUUAUCUCCGGGAUUCAACCUGCUGACCUUCAAAUUCUCAUGAAACUGAAAUCCGCACUUCAAACAUCAAAUGGUACCAGUGCCUUUAAAUCUUGGGAAUCCAGCAAUUCCAUGUGCAAUUUCACUGGAAUAACCUGCAAUUCAGAUGGUUCCGUUACAGAGAUUGAACUUUCACGCCAAAAUUUAACUGGGGUUCUUCCACUUGACUCCAUAUGCCAGCUCCAAUCAUUGGAAAAGCUCUCGUUUGGGUUCAACAACUUGCAUGGUCCAAUUAUGGACGACUUGAACAAUUGUGUCAAGCUGCUGUACUUGGAUUUGGGCAACAAUUUGUUCUUAGGGUGGUCGGCUCCAGACAUAUCUUCUCUAAGCCAAUUACAGUAUUUGUAUAUGAACAGAAGUGGAUUGUCCGGAUCAUUUCCAUGGAAAUCACUCCAAAACAUGACUGGCCUUGUUCGGCUGAGCCUCGGACACAAUCUUUUCAAUCCUUCUCCAUUUCCGAAUGAUGUGUUGCAGCUUACCAACCUCACCUGGAUUCACCUAUCCAACUGUAGCAUCCAAGGAACAAUUCCGGCAGAGAUUGGAAACCUUAAAGAGUUAAUCAACUUGGAGCUUUCGUGCAAUAACAUGACGGGGGAGAUUCCAGUUGAGAUUGGAAACCUUGUCAACCUCUGGCAGCUUGAUCUCUCCAACAACUCAUUCACAGGAAAACUUCCUGUUGGUUUAAGAAACCUCUCGAAGCUUGAGAGGUUUGAUGUUACAAUGAACUCUAUUGAAGGUGAUCUGUCCGUUUUGAGGUUCUUGAGUAACCUAGUUUCUCUGGAACUAUUUGAAAACAAGUUCUCUGGCCAAAUACCGACCGAGUUUGGUGAGUUCAAGAAGCUUGUGAACCUUACUUUAAACAAGAACAACUUCACCGGUCCCCUGCCUCAAAACCUUGGCUCUUGGGCCAAAGUCGAAAAAAUCUCUGUGUCUUAUAAUUUCUUUACUGGUCCAAUUCCGCCAGAUAUGUGCAAACAAGGUACUCUAAAGGGGCUUUACAUGCAUCACAAUAAUCUCACCGGUGAAAUCCCAGCCAAUUUCGUCAACUGUUUCACUCUAAUUGAAUUCAGGAUCAAUGAUAAUUUGCUAUCGGGUACUGUUCCAGCUGGAAUCUGGGGAUUACCGAACUUGCGCAUUUUUGAUAUCUCGUUCAAUAGUGUGGAAGGCCCAAUUACAUCUGAUAUAAAACAUGCAAAGUCUCUUGUGGCUUUACGUGCGGAAAACAAUCGCUUAUCUGGUGAAUUACCCGCAGAGAUUUCAGAAGCCACGUCUUUGGUUUCAAUUCGUCUGAAUGACAAUCUAUUGCAAGGUAAGCUUCUUAUUCCAACUUCUCCCAUAACAUUCUUUGGUAUCUCAAACAAUAGACUGACUGGAGAGAUCCCGUAUAUGAUUUGCAAUGUAAGUUUUCUUAAAAUCUUUGAUGUCUCAAAUAACAGUUUGAGUGGUAAGAUUCCACAAUGUUUGGGAAACUUCAGUAAUCGUCUAUGGGUGUUAAAUUUGCAAAUGAAUAACUUCCACGGCCUCAUCCCUGACACAUUUGCAAAGUGUAACAGUUUGGAACUUCUUGUCUUUAAUGACAAUCAUUUAGGAGGGCUAUUGCCAAAAUCUUUGCUCAACUGUACAAAUCUGGCAGUUAUUGACCUUGGAAAUAAUAUGAUAAAUGAUAUCUUCCCAUAUUGGUUGGAAGCUCUUCCCAAAUUAGAGGUUCUUACCUUGAAUUCCAACAAAUUCCGUGGUCCUAUUGGAAAUCAUAACACCAGUGGGAUGUUUUUCUCGAAGCUACGAAUUCUUGAUCUUGGAAAUAACAAGAUCAAUGAUUUCUUCCCCUAUUGGUUGGAAGCUCUUCCCAAUCUACAGAUUCUUGUCUUGAAAUCCAACAGAUUCCAUGGUCCUGUUGGAAAUCAUAACACUCGUGGGAUGUUUUUCUCUAAGUUACAAAUUCUUGAUCUCUCUUACAAUGAGUUUACUGGUUUUUUACCGAAAAAUUAUUUUGAAAGCUUGAACGCCAUGAUGAUCAAUGAUGAAGGUAUAAAUGAAUCACAAUAUUUCGGUAAACGUCAUUAUUAUCAAGAUUCGGUGGUGGUGACAAUAAAAAAUAUUGAGAUUAAGCUACCAAGAAUUCUAACUAUCUUCACAACAAUUGAUUUAUCAAGCAACAAAUUUGAAGGAGAGAUUCCAGAAGUACUUGGAAGGCUUACAGUUCUCCGAUUGCUUAACCUUUCCCAUAAUAACCUAACCAACCAUAUCCCACCAUCAUUGGCAGAUAUGUCAAGACUUGAAUCCUUAGACCUUUCUUCAAAUAGGCUAACAGGACAAAUUCCUAUUCAAUUGACAAGUCUAACAUUUUUGGCCAUGAUAAACCUUUCACGAAACCAACUUACUGGACCCAUACCUGAAGGCAAGCAAUUUGGUACGUUUGAAAAUGACUCAUACGAGUGGAACUUGGGGUUGUGUGGAUUUCCUCUGUCAAUGAAAUGCAACACUAAUGAGCUGCUGCCACCGCCACCACUACCAUCAAUAUUCCAGGAAGACAAGGGUUUGAUAUUUGCGAGUGGAUUUGAUUGGAAGGUCGUGUUAAUGGGCUAUGGAUAUGGAUUUUUGUUUGGAAUAACGAUGGGAUGUAUUGCGUUUAAAAGAGGAAAACCUCAAUGGCUUAUAUGGUUUAUUGAAGGAAAACGAAAAGAAAAGGUGAGAAGUUGCAAUGAUCAUAGACCCAGGAAAAGAAGAAAUUAAGGCAUUCAAGGUAUUGCAGAAGGUGAUAAGGACUUCGUCUUACAGCAAAGCAUUAGAAUCAUAGAAUGGUGUAUGACGUGGAGUUUAUUAUACUUGUAUGAAUUAUGGUGGUGUUUUCUUCCUUCUAAAAUAAUCGUAUUCAACUUUUCAGUAUGUAUAUCUGAGGAUAUUCUGUUUUGAGAUUGUAUGGAAUGUUAGAGCUAGUUUCGA